AUGGUGGCUGGGUUUAUUGACUCUGCCUUAUUCCACCGGUUCCUCCAAAAAAGAGAAAUCAACCAUGCAGCUAGAUUGCCGGAAGUUUUAUCAAUUCCUAUGGGAGAUAAAUUGAGAGAAAAAUUAAGGUUUAUGAAUGCUACCGGAGAAAGGAUUAGAUUUGAAGGAGCUCCACCGGCUCCGACGACGGAGAUGGCGGAUUUUUUGGAGGAGACGAUGGAGAGAAUUACAGUGAAUGAUGCUAGGAAAAUUUUGAGGUUUUAUCAAUUGGAGAAAGUGAGAUUGAGACUUAGAGAUAUGUCGAUUAACUCCAUUUUGUACACUAAAUUCGUUGAGAUCUGUAGUGAAGUUUGUAGCAACAGAGAACAAGGUUUGGAGUUUGCAAAGAUGUUGGACGAUUCAGGCAGCGUCAUCAUUUUUGGUGACAUCAUUUUGCUCCAUCCCCAUCAGGUAAAAGUUGCACAGUUAUGGUGA